CAAUGUGCUUGUCCCAACUGAGUGAGAGGGUAUUUAUAAGGUUAGGUUUUUAUAGUUUUGACUAGAACUGGAUGCAGAUAAGAGUUUGGGUAAGGUUACGGUUUGGUCAUAUAUCUGUAUUACAAGUCCUCACAGGACCCAAAAACGGUGUUUGUCAGAAGGAGAGAGAGGGUGAGAAAAGAGAGCGAGAGUGAGAGUGCGUGUAUUUUUAUGUGUGCACACCCAGUGUCCACGGUACAGUGUUGAGGACGGAAGUCAGAGCAGCAGGACUUCCCUCUGGUUACCAAUAAUAUAAUUCAUUCUAGCAGGAGACAGUGUGUGUUGGAGACAUGUCGACGGCAUACAAAAACAGAAUACAGGAGUUCAAAGUGGCCUUGAGUGAAGACAACAUAAACUUGAAAACACUAAGGGAGCUGUGUUUCAAUGGAAUUCCAUUUGAGGGUGGCAUAAGAGCACUUUGUUGGAAGAUCCUUCUUAAUUACCUACCUCUAGACCAGACACUAUGGGAGUCAUUCCUCAAAAAGCAGAGGGAUGUGUACUCUCAGUUCUUGAAGGAGAUGAUCAUACAGCCGGGUAUUGCCAAAGCCAACCUGGGAUUUUCCAGAGAAGAUGUCACCAUGGAGGACCAUCCUCUGAAUCCAAACCCUGAAAGCAGAUGGAACACCUACUUUAAAGAUAAUGAGAUUCUUCUCCAAAUUGACAAGGAUGUCAGGCGGCUCUACCCAGACAUGGCUUUCUUCCAGCGUCCCACUGACUACCCCUGCCAGCUCAUCCUGGAUCCUCAGAACGACUACGAGACUCUCCGUCGGCGAGUCGAACAAACCACUCUGAAAUCUCAGACUGUAAACCGCAACCGCAGUGGAGUCACCAACGUCAGCUCACCGGGAAAAUCCCUGAACCUGUAUCCAUCUAAUGAGUACGCAGUACUGCCCAGUGGAAGUGAAGCUCACUGGGAGGUGGUGGAGCGCAUCCUCUUCAUCUACGCCAAACUCAACCCAGGCAUCGCCUAUGUGCAAGGCAUGAACGAGAUAGUGGGGCCAAUUUACUACACCUUUGCCACGGAUCCCAACAAUCAGUGGAACGAGCACGCUGAGGCAGACACGUUCUUUUGCUUCACCAACCUGAUGUCAGAGAACAGAGACAAUUUCAUCAAGAGCUUGGAUGACUCCCAGUGCGGCAUCACCUACAAAAUGGAAAGUGUGUACUCCAUGCUCAAAGGCAAAGACAUGGAGCUUUACCUGAAACUGGAAGAGCAGAAUAUCAAACCUCAGUACUUCACAUUCCGCUGGUUGACCCUGUUGUUGUCUCAGGAGUUCCUCCUGCCGGACGUUAUCCGUAUCUGGGACACGCUGUUUUCCGAUGUGGACCGAUUUCACUUCCUCAUCGUGGUCUGCUGCGCCAUGCUCAUACUCAUCAAAGAAAAUUUACUGGCUGGAGAUUUUACAGUCAACAUGAGGUUACUGCAGGACUAUCCCAUCACCGAUGUCCACACGAUCCUGACCAAGGCCAAAGAACUGCAGGACAACUCCUAACCUGUCCCCUUUGUCUGUGGAGUGGUAGGCUGGAGCGAGAAGGUCAAUCAUGUCAGACUUGAUGAUUCCUGGGAGGAGACUGGACACCUAUAUUUGUAAAAACGGCUCCUUGCUCCUUUUUAAAAACAGUAAGAGACAUGGGGCCAGCAGGGGGUGCAGCGAAAAACCCAGAAUAUACUACAUGCUUUAACUGUUGCUUACUUGG